AUGGAAUCUGUUUUGGGAGGUAUGGAUGGGGUGGUUGUCUUCCUGGAUGACAUUUUGAUAACGGGUAAGAAUAAAGAGAAACACUUACAAAGAUUAAGACUUGUUUUGGAAACAUUGAGAAAUUCAGGUUUCAAAAUUUCCUUAGAUAAAUGCGAAUUUUUUCAAAGUAGGGUUAAUUAUCCGGGAUACGUGAUCGAUAAGGAAGGGUUGCAUACAAAUGCUAGUAAAGUGUUAGCUAUUAAACAAGCUCCGAGGCCGACAAAUGUUACAAGUUUAAAGUCGUUUUUAGGUACGGUCAAUUACUUUGCGAAAUUUGUAAAGAACAUUGCCACAGUUUUAUAUCCAUUGUAUAGGCUACUAAAGAAAGAUGUAAAAUGGAACUGGGAUGAUAAUUGUGAAGCAGCUUAUGUCAAAAUUAAAUCCCUGUUGAUAUCAUCUGAGGUCCUGGUUCAUUUUGAUCCAAACUUAGAACUUAAAUUAACUGUGGAUGCGUCUGCCUAUGGCGUUGGCGCAAUUUUGAGUCACGUAGUAGCGCCAGGAAUUGAAAAACCGGUAGCGUAUGCUUCUCAAACUUUAACCAGAAGUGAACAGAAUUAUUCUCAGAUUGAGAAAGAAGCACUAGCAAUUAUUUUCGGGGUAUUUAAAUUCAAUCAGUACUUAUUUGCUAAGAAGUUCACAUUGGUCACGGAUCAUAUGCCGUUGGUAGCAAUUUUUGGUCAUAAACGACAAAUUCCGCAAUUCUCGGCGAAUAGAUUACCGUUAGAAAAUGAAGAAAAUGAGAAGAAAGGGCUUGAAGAUGUAGAAAUAAACUAUUCUUUGUUUUUUGCGGAAAUUAGGGAUAUCAAUGUGAACUUCAAAUUGAUUCAAGCGGAAACAAUGAAAGAUCUUGUUUUACAAAGGGUAAUAGAUCUGGUAAAAAAUGGUUGGCCCAAACAGUGUUCGGAUGUCUUAGUCAAACCGUAUUAUACGAAAAGAUUCGAAUACAAUAUAUCAGAUCAGUGCCUUUUUUGGAAUCAUAGAAUUGUAAUUCCAGAGGAAUUGAGAAUUGAUGUCCUGAACCAACUGCACGAGUCCCAUCAGGGUGUAGUAAAAAUGAAAGCAUUAGCUAGAGCGUAUUUUUGGUGGUCAGGGCUAGAUAAGAAUAUCGAGGAAUUGGCAAAUAGAUGCGUAUGUUGUUCAAGUUUAGAUGCGUAUAGUAAAUGGCUCGAAGUAUUCAUAACCUCGAGUACUUCCUCUCGUGUAACGAUAAGGGCUCUGCGAAACACAUUCGCAAGAUAUGGACUUCCUAGAGUCUUGGUUUUAGAUAAUGCGUUAGGUUUUGUAUCGGAAGAAUUCAAAUCUUUCCUAAUGAAGAAUGGAAUCCACCAGAUAACCUCUCCCCCAUAUCUCCCUAGUUCGAAUGGUGCAGCCGAAAAUAGUGUCAAAACGGUAAAAUUAGCCUUAAAGAAAAAAUUUCAUGAAAACCUUCCUGCAGACACAGAAACUAUUCUUUGUAGAUUUUUGCUUGAUUAUAGAAACACUCCUCAUAGUACCACCGGAGUCACCCCCGAUAAGUUAAUGUUCGGCAGAAAUUUAAUUAAUAGAUUCGAUCUCUUGUUACCCAACAUUAGACAGUCGGAUAUCAAAAACGAUAAUUUGGAUAGAAGGAUAGAGUCAGAACAGGCUAGACAAAAGUAUCAUUAUAACGGAAAGAAGGAAGUUAAUUUUAUAAAUGGAGAGGAAGUAUAUGUGAAAGAUUAUAGGGACCGGAAUCAAAAAUUGAAUAAGAUCUGGAAACGCCAUGCGAAGCAGAUUAAAAAAAGGUUCCCGGAAAUUGUCUACCCAAUAAAGAUCCCUGAUUCUGAGGCAUCAACCCACGAAAGCAAUAGUGAUACAAAUUCGAUAACGACACAGGAAUCACCUAAAUGUAACGCUAGUGUAAGUUUACCUGUAAAUACGAGAAUGUUAAGAAAAGUUAUUAAACCACCAGAUAGAUUAGUUUACACUUAA